UUGACGCUAACUUAACCCGUUGUACAACUGCAUUGUUACGAAACUGAGUUUACAUUUUUACUCAAGUUCUGCUUUUAUUUUUGUUCCUAAUUUAAGUCACGUGCUAAUAGACGAGGGUACAGCUGCUGACACACAUUUUCAAUGGAAACAGUGAAAGAAACUAUUUGCUCAUUUGGAACCCUGGUAAACUUCCAUGGAUAGUACAUUUUGUUUGGAUUAGUGUGAAUUCACAUUCACACUCUGGAGCGGACCAUGAGGCGAACUUUGGUCUGCUUGGGGAAAGCAAAAGGGCCAUCCAAUGAAUCAAGGUUAAUCUCAGAAAUUGUACAUGAUGCAGCUGGAGGCUCAGCUGCGUCUGUGUCACAGUUGUUUUUGGUGCUACAGGAGUGGUCAGCGGAUGCUGUCCCAGAACUAUGCACACAGAAAAGCUGUGAACUACUACGACCUACUGGGAGUCAAGUCAGAUGCCAGUAUGGACGAAAUAAAAAAUGCCUUUUUUGACAAAUCCAAGAAGCUGCACCCUGACAGUGACCCAUCAAACCCAGCACUGCACAACCAGUUUGUGGAGCUGAAUAAAGCCUACAGAGUGCUGAGCAAAGAGUUGAGCAGGAAGGAGUAUGACUUUAAAAUCCAAAACCCAUACAGUGGAAGCCAGGCCUUCAGAUCUACCUCUAGUCACGCCACUUAUGAAAGCACCAGUGCCCAGGACAACAUGCGUUACUGGGAGCAGUUUCGUCACUAUCAGUCUCCAGAGAUGACAGCCGAGAGGAAGCAGGAGAGGAGAAAUAGGAACUUUCGGCUGGUGGCCUACUGUGUCAUCGCUAUGAUGCUCAGCAUUGGAGCCCACUUGAUCUUCUUCAAGAAACUGGAAGAAGUUCACAAUAACUUCAUGGAUGAGAAGGACAGGGUCAUCACAGAGAUCUACAACGAAGCCAAAGAGAAAGCCAGGGUCAAUGGUUUUAAGAAACAAUCUGAAAUCCUGCGACAGAAGCAUGCAGAGUUUCAAGAGAAAUUUAAACUACACAAUGGUGGAGAGGACAAGUAGAUCUCCAGCUUUGCUCAACGAUGAUGAAGUUGCCCGCAUAUGAAAGAUGUGGAGGACGUGGCAUUCGUUUUAAGACUAUUAGGUUUUUCUGACUUUCUGCACCCGUGUUUGUCCUGGGAUAAAAUCCUGCCACUGCAGAUCAUCAUGGGUGUGAACUGGAAGUUUCAUCCUUUCAUGCAGGUGCUGCAGCUAGGUCACGUCGAGCUGCAGAACACCUGGCCUGCAAACCUAUUUAUGGUUGUUGCUUUAUUUCAAGUGACCUGAAUGUCAAAAGGAUCCAGCUGCAGUUUAUUCACAAGCCUCCUCACUGUUUAUACAAAGAAGCCACAAUAAGGACUCUAAAAUAGGAAAAUGUUCCUCAUAUCUUGUCUUCAGCCACAGUUCUGUGUUAAAGUUGUACAGCAUCCGGACCUGGUAGAUCGCAGUGAGUUAAUAGAAGAUGACAGCUGAUUACACAGAGAGAGAAUCUUGUGAGCACCAGUAUUUUCUAAAAGAAACCGACUGGUUUAUCAAUGUCUGUUAGGAUACUCCAUUAAAUUUAAUGCUCCUCAGGCUGUUUUUGGAGAAGGUGAGUUGUGAAGCUGCAGUGUAACGUUCCUGGUGAAUUAGCCUGUUUGCACAAAUCUGUUAUUUUUGGACUCUGCAGAAGUUGUCUGCACUUCAAUUCAUAACAAAGUUUUCUGUUUAUUUAAAACGGAAAUUAUGAAUGACCAAUACUAUGACUUGAAAAAAAGUGCCACUGACUAAAUUAUUUAUUGUGUGGACAAUAAACUGUGUAAAUUAAGUACACCGAAACAAGACAGUAAAAAGUGUGUUAUUGAUGGUUAUUUGAGCAUCCAGAGCCAACUUUUACCAUUCUGUCUCUUGGAUUUUAGAUUUUAGAGAUUGUUUGUCAUCACUGCCUUAUGUUUUCCCUGAACCGUUUUCAGAGUAAAAACUAUUAAAAAAACAGA